CAGUCUCAAUCCCUUCUUUGCAUUGCUAGUCCAAGAUGAAGACCAACGCACUCUUCUCAAUUGCCCUGGCUUUGGGCCUGCCUGCCUUGGCCGAGGCCAGCAAGGAUAAGGGCUACCAGAAGCCCAAGACCUACGUCACCUCGGAGAAGCUCCAGAAGGAGAUCAAGCUCAAGAACCUCCUUGCGGGAUCUCAGAAGCUCCAGGACUUCGCCGAUGCCAAUGGCGGAAACCGAGUCUUUGGCAGCGGUGGCCACAAUGCCACUGUCGACUACCUCUACAAGACGCUCAAGUCGACUGGCUACUACAACGUGGUUAAGCAGCCGUUCACAGAACUCUACUCUGCCGGAACAUCCACCAUUCUCAUCGAUGGCGCAGAGAUUGAGUCCGGCAUCAUGACCUACACCCCUGCCGGCUCCUUCACCGGACCGCUCAUCGCCGUCCCAGACCUCGGAUGCGAGGCUUCUGUCUACCCUGCCGAGGUCCAAGGAAACAUCGCUCUCGUGUCUAGAGGCUCCUGUACCUUUGCGCAGAAGUCCCUCAGCGCCAAGACGGCUGGCGCAGCGGGCGUCAUCGUCUACAACAAUGUGCCCGGAUCCCUGGCGGGAACGCUCGGCAACGCAUUUGGCGCAUACGCCCCCAUUGUCGGUAUUAGCCAAGAGGACGGUACCGCUAUCCUCGCGGCUCUCGAGGCUGGUGAUGUGACGGUCGGCUUCGAAGUUGACUCUGUUGUUGAGCAGCGCGUCAACUACAACGUCAUUGCUGAGACCAAGGGCGGCGACCACAAGAACGUCCUGGUUCUGGGCGGCCACUCAGACUCUGUUGCUGCUGGCCCCGGUAUCAACGACGACGGUUCCGGCACCAUUGGCGUCCUGACGGUUGCACUCGCUCUCGCCAAGUACAAGAUCAAGAACGCCGUUCGAUUCGCCUUUUGGGGCGCCGAGGAGUUUGGCAAGCUUGGAAGCUAUUACUACAUCAAGCAGAUCAACGGCUCUGACACCGAGCUGGCCAAGAUCAGGGCCUACCUCAACUUCGAUAUGAUUGCCAGCCCGAACUAUAUCUACGGUAUUUACGAUGGAGACGGCAGUGCGUUCAACCUGACCGGUCCUGCUGGCUCUGAUGUCCUUGAGGCGGACUUUGAGAAGUUCUACAAGAAGAAGGGCGUCCCAUUUGUCCCUUCAGAGUUCAGUGGCCGCUCUGACUAUGCCGCAUUUAUCGAGAACGGCAUUCCCUCCGGUGGUCUCUUCACCGGUGCGGAAGUCCUCAAGACUGAAGCGGAGGCCAAGCUGUUCGGCGGCGAGGCCGGUGUUGCUUAUGACAUCAACUACCACAAGAUCGGCGACGACAUCAACAACCUCGCCCACGAUGCCUACCUCCUCAACACCAAGAGCAUUGCCAACUCCGUUGCCAAGUACGCCCUCAGCUUCCGCUCACUAGAUGCUGUAGACAUUAAGAAGAGACGAUGGGCUGCGGACAACGUGCAACUCUUCCAGCGGGAGAGUCUUGAUUCGCACGCCCACGGCCACGCUGGACCGUGUGGAGCAAGUGGCGAAACCAUCUAAAAUAGAUAGGGGUUGGUAAAAUUAUGCAUGACUCGAGAUAGACGAACACCCGGAGGUGGC